AUGUUCGAGCCGAAGACUGUACGUGAAAUGGUCUCGCCGAUGUUAAUAGCGAACGCCAUUGUCGGCAUGGGAAAUUGGUCCACCAAUCGAGGCAGAUUUCUAAACAUCGCGUACUCGUUGAUCUGUCUGGUGACGUAUUGCGUCGUGAUGAAACUGUCGAUACAGUACCUGGGAACUUAUUAUUUGCCUAAAAUGAAUUCACUCGGGAACUAUACAUUUCAUGGGAUCUUCUACGCCAACAUCUGCCUGACGGUCUGCCUCAUUCCUUGCGGCUGGUUGAGGAGAAAGUAUAUGAAGGCAGCAAUGAUGCGCAUAACGAUGUGCGAGAAAUCUUUGGAGCAAAUGGGAUUGGAGAAGAACUAUCGGAAAUUGUAUCGUAAUCAGCUUAUCGCUCUCACAUUCGUCGUAGUGGUAUUCAUCGUAUUCACAGUGGUCAAUUAUGCCGGGAUGUUCAAGGAUGAUACACCUACGCAUGUCAAAAUUGUCAUUAUGUUUGCCUUUAAUUAUCCCGUCGGCUUGCUCUAUGUGAGUGACGCAUCGUUCUUACACUGGGUCAGCUACUCGAAGACUCGGUUCACUCAACUGAACAAUCUACUGAGACGCAUGUUAACGACCACGCCAGAUUCGCCGCAGCACAAAAGGGUACUGAAAAUGAAGGACGAGUGGAACAAGUUUGUCGCAUCUACGACGCAGGAGGAUUCCAAGUCUAAGGAUAAUACCGACACGAUGAGGGCUGUUAAGCAAGUUCAUUUGGAAUUAAUCAAGUCUACCAGGAGUACGAAUGAUGCGUUCGGCAUACAGAUCCUUUUUUCUAUGACGGUGUCGUUCGUAUUCAUCACUAGUCUCCUAUACUACGCUUACAAGGUUUUCUGGCAGGGAGACUAUGAGAAGGAAAAAUACCAGAAGGAAAAUUACCAGAAGGAAAUAAUACCGGUCAUUAGCUGGAUUCUGUUCUACUCAUCGAAGGUCCUCGUUAUAAAUCAUAUGUGUGCAAUGACGAGCAUACGAGAUUUCACUCUGCAAUUGAUACAAAAUCCGUUGACAUAUACAGCGUGUGGCUUCUUCAAUCUGGAUCACACGUUCAUUCAUGGGGUCAUUGGCUCGGUCACCACCUAUCUCGUGAUUCUCAUCCAAGUAGGAGAUUUACCUACGGGAAAUCCGGAUAGACCACCGAAUACUACCAUACGAACCGACGAGUCGAAUUUUACUAUGAUCACCGAUGCAUUUACAACCAUUGCUUCUCCGUAAAAGCAAA